AUGGACAUCAGACAUUUUUUUAAAAAACCCAAGCUUUGUGAUUCUCUUAAUGAAGCCUCUACUGGCACUACUUCAAUUGAAAUAAAUAAUAGUACAGUCGAUAUGGAGUCGUCGGAAUUGUGUGUAGUUGAAAAUAUUGGAAAUUAUUUGAACGUCGAAAAUAUUGACGAUUGUUUAAAACAUGAACAUUUUCGUAACCCUUGUGUACCGAAUACUACUUAUGACUUUAAAAGUGAUUUAAAAUCAGGAAGAACUCAAGCAUUUAGACAUCAAUGGUUGCAUGAAAACGGUUCGUGGUUGACAUAUUCAGCUCUUGAGGGUGUGAAAGGAGCUUUUUGUAGAACAUGUGUGUUGUUCAAGCCAUCAAUUCAUAGAGGCGUACAAGGUGGAUUUAUAAUAAAACCGUUUACGAAGUAUAAGGAUUUUCAUGCAUCUUCUAAAAUACAUUUGUCUUUAAAUUGGCACACUAAAUCAAUGUCAAGAGCAAAAGAUUUUAUGGAUAUUAUGAAUGGUAAAACAAUUAGUGUUAUUGAACAAGUAAAUUGUGGAUUGCAUAAAGAAAUAGAAACUAAUAGGUUAAAAUUAAAACCUAUUAUGUCAACUAUUUUGUUUUGUGGAACUCACGACCUUCCCUUACAAGGGAAAAAAUCAGAUUCUGGUGUUUUUCACGAUCUUUUGAAUUUUCGUAUUGAAUCUGGCGAUGAGAUAUUGAAAGAUCAUUUUUUAACUAAUGUGGGAAAUGCUAAAUAUUCGUCCCGAAGAACUCGAAAUGAAUUAAUUACAUUGUGUGGAAAAAUAUUAAAAGAAGAAAUAGUAUGUGAAGCUAAUGCUGCGAAUGCGUUUUCCAUUAUUGCUGACGAAUCAGCAGAUAUUUCUGGUGUUGAGCAGCUAACAAUUGUAAUUAGAUUUUUAGACAAACAGUCAAAGAUUCGAGAAGAAUUCCUUGGGUUUUUUACCCUUAGAUAA